AUGUCAUUUCAUUUGAACGACGACUUGUGCGAACUCAUACUGUCCUACCUGUCCAUUGAGGACAGGAGACAAGAGAUUCACGACUCGUUUGCGAACCAAAUACUGGUUAACAAUACCUAUGACUUCGUGGUUGUGGGCGCCGGUAGUGCCGGUGCUAUAGUGGCCUGUCGUCUGUCACACGAAGGAUACAGUGUUUUACUUCUGGAGGCGGGUGGGGGUCAGGACGCUGUGCUCACUGACACUCCCGGACUACCAGAGUUGGGUCAGGCGUUCAUUAAUGGACAGACCUCUGAAUUUAGGGGAAAGGUAUUGGGCGGCGGAUCUACCGUUAAUAACAUGAUAUACAACAGAGGGAACCGUAAGUAUUACGAUAGUAUUGCUCGUCAUUUCUUAGCCAACGGUUGGAGUUUUGAACAAUUGUUGCCGUAUUUCAAGAAAUCGGAGAAUAAUACCGAUCCUAAUGUCGAUCCCAUAUAUCACGGUCACAGUCCACCAUACGGCACGAGUAUUAUGCAGUCGACUAUUAGGGAUGGACUGAGACAGUCCACUGCCAAGUCAUACUUGGAGUCUAGUAUAUGCCCUCAACUUAAUAUAUUAACAAGGGCAUUUGUCACUAAAGUGCUUAUCGACGGUCAGCCAUAUGGUGAUCAACCAAAAGCAGUCGGAGUGGAGUUCACAAAAGGGAACCGAGAAUAUAGUGUUCAGUCAACUAAAGAGACUAUUUUAUCAGCAGGUCCCUUUAAUUCUCCGCACAUUUUAAUGCUGUCAGGCAUUGGGCACCGGGAUCAUUUAGAAAAAUUGGAGAUAUCGCCAAUUUGGUCUGACCUACCCGUCGGUGAUAACCUACAAAACCACGUAAUACUAAUCAUAUCAAUGCCUGUUAGAUACAGUAGUCUAGUAUCACCUGGACCUCAGCCUAANGGAGAUAUCGCCAAUUUGCAAAACUUGUUGAGAAACCCGGACGAUAGGCAGGCCUUUUUGGACGCCAUUUCCUACGCUUUUUAUGUGGUCGAGGAGACCUCCGUUUCAGAGCACGUGUAUGUAAACUCCGAACCAAUACCCGGCUGUCAGUACUGUCCAGACAUACCGGUGUGGAAGUGCUGGUCGUACCACAAAUGUUUAAUACAACAAAUAGCUACAAGUUUCUUACAUCCAGUGGGCACCUGUCGUAUGGGUGGUGUGGACAGGGAUGAUGUGAUGGUGGACCAGAGGUUGAGAGUGAAAGGCGUCCGUAAAUUGUGA